AUGCAUUCGAUCUCGCGCCGCACUCGAUGCGCGCUCGAUGCGCCCGCGAAUUCGGGGACAAGACGCUUGCGGUACGUACCGCACGACGGGGGACAGCUGACGAUGCAGACGGGUUCACGAAGCCAUACGACGGUUGCUCGAGGUGAUAAAUUGUGUUGGUGUUUUGUGUACAAAGUCGAAAGCACAACGAUAUUUUCGUGCUUUUUUUCUCUGGUACGUUGCGUGCCAAGUGGCAUACCCAAAUAUCUUCAUCGGCUACUAGAAGUUUUAUGCUCUAUGGCAACUUGUGCGGAAACCGGGGAGCAGAGUACCAGCGAGUUAUCUUGUAUCCCUGUUGACUGGCUGCCGCUUCUUGGACCUGAGCCACACGAGCACUCUAGUUUCUCGUACGCAAGCGAUAGUCUUACCGAAGGGUGGAAAACCUGGUUGCACAGGUUUACUGCCGAGGCGCUUUCCGGCACGAUCGAGAGCCUUAGUCAGGAUACGAUGUCGGAGAGCGACCACGGGACGCACUCCGUAUGCUCAUCGAUUUUAGUAGACGACCUCAAAGGUGUAGGGUAUCCAAACUGGAAGCGUGCACCGUUAAAUACUUCGCUCGAUGGAGGCGACCUCGUCGGUGCUGCGAACGCCGCGGCGCAUUCAGCAGCGCUCUCGCCGGUGACACCUCAGCCCGUGCACCUCGACACGCAAACUCGCCUGGAUGCCAUGAGCCCGUUCUGUGUGGGCAGCGACCCGUCAGCAUCUUCGACGACGACGACGACGACGCCUUGGUGUCGCGCCCGCAGCACUCCGUUGUCGGAAACGAGUUCCAUAGCGCGCGCUGGCCCCGCCUGCUUCGAUGAUCUAUCGACAGAUACACAACAGCCUAAUGUUUGCAUCUUCUGCGCGCAUCUCCUGGAGGCCUCUCAUGCGAGCGCUGUUCAGCAGGUCCUCCAUUCGAUCGGAUGGGAAGCGUUGCGCGCUUCUCGUGGAGGCAGCGACCAUGGGCGCAGAACAUCGUCCGCGGACGUCUCGGCAUCGUCGUCGAUGCCGACUCGGAGCUUGUCGCUAAAAAGAGACGUCGCGGGUGCUGGCGGCGAACCCGAUUCUUUCGGAGAAGAUCAUCCCCGGACGGCAAAAAAGCUCAAAACAAAGCCGAGUCCGGGCACGGAGCAGACGAUAGACACGUCCUUGCAAGAAUAUCUCGCUGAUUCCAUUCCCUUGAAUAACGGCAUCGAGAAAGAUAACCGCAAGCGACGUGACUGGACCCCCGAGGAGGACAAUCGUCUGCGCCAGCUUGUGGAAGCGCAUCUGUCCACGCUGCGAACUGGUGCGCACAUGACGCGGGAUAGGGAACCUCGUGGACUCUGGCCCCAUGAAGAUGAUGAUCAUGAUCAGCCCGAUAGCGAAUACGACCCUACACGAAACGCCUACGGCAAUGUCCAGGUCUCUGUGUCGGGCCUGCGAAUACCGUGGACGCAGAUCGCGUCACGCUUGCCGGGACGUACUGCCGCCCGCUGCCGUGAACGAUAUCGGAACUAUUUGGAUCCGAGUAUUCGGCACGAGCCCUUUAGUGCCCGUGAGGAUCUCAUCAUCCUGCGCGAGUAUGAGCGACGCGGGCCAGCGUGGGCCUUCAUCGCUUCGAAACUCAAGGGGCGUUCAGAGAAUGCGGUGAAGAAUCGACUUCACGCUCUCAUCCGAAAGGCACGGCGUUCAUCGGCCGUCAUCUGA